CGCGUCUUCCUCCACGACUGGCAAGUGUCCGUAUGAGUCGAAAUACGAAGUAGAGUCACACGGCGAGCCAGAUCCGUAUCAAAGAAGCAAGGGCCAGGGCGGCUAUGGGAGCAUGUCCGACCAUUCACAGCGCGGCACAUUCCCAAGCAGGAGGAACAAAGGAGCAUAUCAUGAC